UUUGGAGCACUCACUCGGUCACAGUCCCACCCACUUCGCAUUCUCUCCCUGCGCACUAACCCACCAUUUUCUCUCUCUUCUCUCUCUUCUCUCUCUCUCUCUCUCUCCACACUCACGCCCAGAAACGCAUUUCCACUUCUGGGUGUCUCUUCUCUCGCCUCUGCACAAAAGCAGAGAAAGAAACGGAGUAGAGAGAGAGAGAGAGAGAGAGAGAGAGGGCACUGUUAAUCUCCAUGGCCGACCCCACCAAGCACCACCUCCCCAUCAGCGGCGGAGGCAACCUCCUCUUCUUCUACUCCGACCUCAAGUCCCUCCUCCGCACCAAGCGCACCGCCGCCCUCGCCUACGCCCUCACCUUUGCCUUCGUCGCCUUCACCCUCUUCCUCCUCCUCAACCCCUCCUCUCCCUCCUCCUCCUCCGACUCCUCCUCCCCCUGGUUUUCCAACAUCUUCGUCACCGCCCCCACCGCCGCAACUACCGCCUCUGAUUCUCACAGAUCUCAGUCCGCUCCCCUCUUCUCUUACUUCUUCCCCAACGACGACGUCGUCGUUACCGACAGUUCCGUCUCGUCCUCUCAUUCCUCUACAGACAAUGUUCAAACCAGAUCGGACGCCACGGGUUCUCGAUCGCCGGAAGAACGAAACAGCACUCAAGGCCCAGUGAAUUAUGAUAAAGAUGCAGUUUUUAAGCCCAAUCAGACCGCGAGUGCUUCCUCUGUGCGCACAGCUUCACCGCCUGCGCGAAACACUACUCAGAGUUCGCCGAGUUCGGCUGCCCCUCAAGCGUCGAAGCAAGGCGAAGUGAAGAACGCGACGCAGAGCAUAGCAAACGUGGAAACGCCAAAACCGACGACGCCUGAAGUUCGGAAGCAGAAUCAGACGAGUGUUGCCGUGCCGAGUUCGUCGGCUAAUCGUACCCAGAGUCCGGCGAAGCCACUCGCUCCACCAGCGAAGAACGACACUGUGAAGGCAGUGGAGGUUGUUGGAGAGAAGCAAAUCAAGACGAACUACACGGCCUCGCUGUUGAAGAAACAUAGCAAUGGCACUGUUUCAGGGGUGUCGGCGAAGCAGGGGAUGAGUGAUUGGAUCGAGUCGAUGAAGAAGUGCGAUUUCUUCGACGGACAGUGGGUGAAGGACGAUUCGUACCCACUUUACAAGCCGGGCUCGUGCUCGCUGAUCGACGAGCAAUUCAAUUGCAUACUCAACGGGAGGCCGGAUAAGGAUUAUCAGAAAUUGAAAUGGAUGCCUAAGGGUUGCAAUCUGCCAAGGUUGAAUGCGAGUCACAUGAUCGAAUUGUUGAGAGGGAAGCGGCUGGUUUUCGUGGGUGAUUCCUUGAACAGGAAUAUGUGGGAAUCGCUGGUCUGCAUCCUGCGAGGCUCGGUGAAGGAUCAAAAGAAAGUCUAUGAAGCCAAUGGCAGACAUCACUUUCGUGGGGAAGCUUCCUACUCCUUCAUUUUCAAAGACUACGACUUCACGGUGGAGUUCUUUGUGUCCCCGUUUUUGGUUCGAGAAUGGGAAAUGCCCGACAAGAACGGAUCUACAAAGGAAACACUUAGGUUAGAUUUGGUAGGGAGGUCAUCCGAUCAGUAUAAAGAUGCGGACGUUAUAAUCUUCAACACUGGACACUGGUGGACUCACGAUAAAACUUCCAAAGGGAAAGACUAUUAUCAAGAAGGUAGCCACGUGUAUGGUGAAUUAAAUGUCCUAGAGGCUUUUCGGAAAGCUCUUACGACAUGGGCGAGGUGGGUCGAUGCCAAUAUAAACCCCAUGAAGUCUAUUGUAUUCUUCAGAGGAUACUCCGACUCCCAUUUUAGUGGCGGACAAUGGAAUUCGGGCGGACAAUGCGACAGCGAGACUCAGCCCAUCAAGAACGAGACUUACCUUCGAGAAUAUCCUCCAAAGAUGAUUGUGUUGGAGAAGGUGCUUAGAGGAAUGAAAACCCACGUCAAUUACCUAAAUGUAACCAAGAUGACGGAUUAUAGGAAAGACGGCCACCCGUCGAUUUAUAGGAAGCAACAUUUGACAGAUGCGGAGAGGAGAUCUCCUCUUAGAUUCCAAGACUGCAGCCACUGGUGCCUCCCCGGCGUGCCUGACGCGUGGAACGAGAUUCUAUAUGCUGAACUCCUCGUGAAGUUGAACCAGAAGGAGCAAUCGCAAAAGAGACCCUGAUCAAUCUUGAAACUGCACAUAUUACAGAGGUGAAGUUAAAUUCUUUUAUUACUACCGGCCCCGAGGCUGAUCAAGUCCCACGCAAAUGAAUGCUCUGUUCGGUGUCGGUAUCUACGCAUGCCAAACAUGACCGAUGAGAGCGAGACUGAGAAUUACACACACGAAUGCAUGUUUUUCUUUUCCCCCUUUCUGUUCCCUCGUCUUAAAAGAGAGCGGAGGGUGAUAAUGGAUAGAGAGUGAUCCGUGAUGUAACAAAGUCCCUAUUUUGUUCAUAUAAUCAUAAGUUAUGCAUAUGAAAGAUUUCAUAGGUUUA